AUGCCUCGCAAAGAUGUCGCCCUCCUCGUUAGUGCUUUCGUAUGGCUCCUGGCGCUCAUUACAGCGCUCGGCAAGGCGAGCGCGCUACUGGACGACGACUGGCCUCCCGAUCCGGCGACGUACCCGCCGGGGCGAGUCGUCGCCAUCGACCUGGGCAACACUAACUCGUGCGUCGCCGGCUACGAGAGCGGCGAGACGACCCAGACCAUGUUCCACCACUGCAUCCCCUCCUGGGUCGCCUUCGCCGCCGAUGGUGCCGUCCUCGUCGGCGAGGACGCCGUGCACCACGACGCUGUCAACCCCGAGGCCGCUGUCUUCGGCUUCAAGCGCCUCCUCGGCAAAAGAUUCACUCGCGUUUUCGAGCAGGAAUUUGCUAAGAGCGCCAAAGAGAAUCUGCCAUACAAGGUCGUCGAGGAGAACGUGCAGCUUCACAUCGAGGUGAAGACGGCCAAGGACGGCGCAGUCAGGAACGUCGGCGUCGAGCAGCUCACGGCCGUGGUGCUGACCAAGCUCAAGGAGACGGCGGAGGCGCACCUCGGCCACCGGGUGGAGGACGCCAUCCUCACGCUCCCGCUGCAGUUUUCCGACGACGCGUCCAGGUCCGCAGCAGUGUUCGCCGGCAGGCUUGCCGGCCUCAAGGCCGUGAGGGUGGGGCUCAGCGAGCCCGUCGCGGCCGCCAUCGCCUAUGGCCUCAGCAGGAACCUGCGCGACGAGGGCAACGUCGUCGUGCUGCACGUCGGCGGCGGCACGGCUGAGGCGAACGUCAUGACCUUCGUGGACGGUGUGUAUGAAGCCUUGAGCUCGCAGUAUGACCCUUUCUUUGGAGGGCAGGACUUCGACCGGAGGAUCGUGGACCACUUCGUCCAACUGAUCAGGGACAAGCAUGGAAAGGACAUCGCCAACGAUGGCAUGGCACUCAGCAAACUGAGGAUAGCAUGCGAGCUUGCCAAGAAGACAUUGAGCCACCAGGAACAUGCGCAAGUGAGCAUCGAAUGGCUCGUCGACGGCGUAGAUUUGUCAGAGCCACUGACGCGGGCUGAGUUUGAGGAACUGAACCAUGAUCUGUUCCUCAAAGUUGUUGAGAUGGUGGAUAGGGUGGUGUCACAAGCUGAAGUGGAGACCAUUGAUGAGGUGCUUCUUAUUGGUGGAAGCACCAUGAUCCCAAAGGUUAGGGAACUCAUCAGGGACUACUUUGGUGGGACCAAGGCAGUGCUCCAUUCGAGGUUGAAACCAGAUGAGGUGGUCACCAUUGGAGCCGUGGAGUACAGCAAACGACAUGACGCAUUGUGUACGUAG